CUCCGGAGUACAGGACCGCUAGCUAGGCUCUGCUUCUGAACCGCUGCUCCAUUGAGCCGUAAAACCAGGAGGACGUCUCUACUGAACCUCUAACAUUUUUACGGAUAUUUCCAAAUCCAACAACUCUUUAAAAAAAAAAAAUACUGUGCACCACAAGCGCUGGAUUAACAUUUACAAGAAAAAACAACAAAAAAAAACAAAAAAGCAAAAAGAAAACCCCCAGCCCGUUAGCCGCUGGAUGUCUGCGCGUGCUGGUGUAGGAGAGAGGAGCUGCCUAGCUAACGUUCACAUUCCCACCGCGCUCAGAUCCGAUUUCUGCGCCUGUUUUACUCAUUAACGCCGUGUUUUCUUUACUCUGGACUGGUUUUUAUAAGUUUAUCAGAGUUCUACGUCGAAAAAACCCCCCCAAGGAGCCGCGUUUAAAGAUGUCUGUUGCGGGUUUAAAGAAGCAGUUUUACAAAGCAAGCCAGAUGGUGAGCGAGAAGGUUGGUGGAGCAGAAGGAACCAAGCUGGAUGAAGAAUUCAAAGACCUGGAGAGAAAAGUGGAUGUGACUAGCAAAGCCGUGGUGGAGGUCAUCUCCAAAACCUCGGAGUACCUGCAGCCCAACCCAGCGUCCCGUGCCAAGCUCUCCAUGCUGAACACCAUGUCCAAAAUCCGUGGGCAGGUGAAGAGCCCCGGAUACCCGCAGGCAGAGGGACUGCUGGGAGAGUGCAUGGCCAAAUACGGCCGUGACCUCGGAGAGGACACCAACUUCGGAGCCGCGCUGAUCGACGCCGGUGAGACUAUGAAGAGACUCGCAGAGGUGAAGGACUCGCUGGACAUCGACGUCAAGCAGAACUUUAUCGACCCUCUACAAGGCCUGUGUGACAAGGACCUGAGAGAGAUACAGCAUCAUCUGAAGAAGCUGGAAGGUCGUCGGCUGGAUUACGACUACAAGAAAAAGCGCCUGGGCAAAAUCCCGGACGAGGAGGUGAAGCAGGCGCUGGAGAAGUUCCACGAGUCCAAAGAGGUGGCGGAGAUCAGCAUGUACAACCUGCUGGAGACUGACAUAGAGCAGGUGAGCCAGCUCUCGUCACUGGUGGAGGCGCAGUUACAGUAUCACAAACAGGCUGUACUGAUCCUCGAAGAGCUCUCUGACAAACUGAAAGACAGGAUUCACGAGGCCCAGUCUCAUCCCCGUAAAGAGUACAUCCCCAAACCCAAACCAGUCUUCGACUUCGGAGAAACCAACGAGCAGUCGAACGGAGGCUUCACGCCCGUGUCCUCUGCUCCUCCUCCCAUCCGGACUACAGCUUCAGUGGAGCAGCCGUGCUGUAAGGCCCUGUACGACUUCGAGCCAGAGAACGAGGGCGAGCUGGGCUUCCGCGAGGGCGACGUCAUCACCCUGACCAGCCAGAUCGACGAGAACUGGUUCGAGGGCGCGCUGCGCGGCCAGUCGGGAUUCUUCCCUCGCAACUACGUCGAGGUGAUCGUCCCACUGUCGCGCUAAACAGAGAGAGAGAGAGAGAGAGAGCGCGAGCGAGAGAGAGAGGACAGCGAAAGAAGGGAUUGACGGAGGGUUUUACAGCCAUGUCAGCACCUGAACUCUGGCACUUUGACCUCUUAUGAAGGAAAGAACUAUUUCUUCACAUUCCAGAAGAAGAAAGGAACGAGCGACUGACGACUGGGACUGACCGAUUUUAAACCUGGUAGAAGUCGGACGGACUAACGUGACUUUAACGCACUUUCCGCUCACCGUACGCUAACUUUCACUGAACUGACAGUUAAACGCGACUCCCGUCUGAUCGCGCGAUUUUAAAUUUCAACCUCUCCCCUCACGUCACACUUCAGCACAGGGGUGUGGUCCUCUUUCAUCCUUGCGAUCGAUGGUCACAAUACGCUUUUUUAUUGAGGAUAUCAGUCCUUCGGAAACGUUUUAAACCGACUCUAAAGCGCCUGUAAAGUAUUUUUAAAGCACUGAACGAAGAAAUGUAUCAUUUUUCAUCUUUUUUUUUUUUAUUUCAUGAAUGCCGCACUCCUGCUCAUUAGCAACCCUCAGAAGAAAAAAAAUAAAUAAAUAAAUCGAAUGCGUCGGGUAUCUUUGAAAAUAUCUUCCUGUCUUCCGUGAGAUUAUAUUUUCGCCACAUCGUCCACUCGCUGUUUUUAUCCUUAAAGCUACACUAAGGAACCGAGAAUAAAUAAAUAAAUAAAUAAAUAAAUAAAUAAAUAAACUCUACAAAUGUACCAUUAGUGUAUCGUUAAGGGCAGGGAUCCCAUAAUCCAAUCCAGGACUAGUGUUGAUGGAGGGAAAAAAACAAAACACUCUGUACUGUAACCUCAAAUAGAGAUCCUCUGACUGACCCGACGCCUCCUGACUGCCCCCUGCUGGUCAGGGUGUGAUUUUAAGGACUGUUUGGACGUUGACUCUGUUGGCACUGUGGGCUGCGUGUGUUACAGCCGCUCAGUGUGUAGCGUUCCUGAGCCACACACACACACGUACAGGAGCUUCAUACACAACUCUCAAUAUAUAUAUUAAUUACACACGUAAGAAGUUGUUUUAUAUUUGCUUUAGUGGUUUUCUUAUCCUAUUUUCCAGACUAUAAGUGUGUCAGAACUCAUGCACUAACCAAACUAAUACAUUUAGGUUUUCGACAGUCCGGCUUUAGUUAGAUUAGUUAGUUUGAUCUUUUUCGGCUCCUGAAUUCUGCAUACAAAAAUUUCUUUUAAAAUUACGAACACUUAACUACUGUUGAUUUUUCAGGAUUCACCUCAAGGCUAAUAAACAAGAAUAAAAAUUCAGCACGGCGUUACAGCGACACUCACAGGACAAACACUAUACUAGACCGCACCUGUAGAGGGCGCUGAAGUGCUGUUUUAGAGGCAGCGCUUACGCAAAGUAAAAACAUAUGCGACUUAACCAACCAACACACACACACACACACAGUCCGAUAUCGUUGUGCGAUUAUAGUCUGGAAAAUACGCCCAUCUUGACACACUGAUUCGCCUCAUUAAGGUGAUGAAGGAAGUGUGCGGUGUGUUAGAGGAGGAAAAAACACUAAACCGUGCAGCUUCGCCACAGCGAGGGAUUGCUGAGAAACAUGUUUACAGAACUUGUCGUUUCUGUACAAUAUAACCCGUGUACACUACGUGAACAGUUAAAAACACUACACCACCCCGUCUCCUGGGAAAUAAGCGAAACGGAAUCGUCUUUUAUUACGAGGAAGGAGAUCACCGCACUACAGUGAGCUGAGAGAGAACGUGACCGCGCGCGUGCAGGAAAACGGCCAAACCGCUUUGCGCUAUCGCAGUGUACAGGAUGUGUUAGGCUUUAACGUGUUGCCUGGUUUGAGCUUCUGUAAUCUGUGUAGAUGAUACUGCAGGCAGUGUCCCCCCCCAGCCCCACCCCUCCCUCCCACACACACACACACACAAAUAACUUUUCCGCGCCAGUGGGCAGGGCCGACGGUGUGAUGAUGUAAAAGUAGGUGUCGAUAUCUUGCUGCAAGGGGCAGUCGGUAUGCAAAUGUUAUUUGCCCGUGUGACGUCACAAAUCCCGCCACAUCCAAACGAGCCGUUUUUUUUGCUGCUCGGUUAAAUAGACGCUCUUUUUGAACCGAGGAGGACGUAUUACGCUGUGAAACCUGAGUGACGUUUUAAUGGAACAACCUCCUCGUAGGUCAGGAAAAUCACGCCAUGACUCCUUUAAACUUUCCGUUAUGAACAGCGACACCGCCGGGAAGCCCCGCCCCCUCCCAUCUCGUCCCGUGGUGCCCGCGACCGGUCGCCCUCUCUCUGACGCAGUAAACGAAUAGUUCGAGGUCAUUGAUAUGAAGUGAAUUCCAUCAUCGUACGCACGUUCGGGUUGAAAAAAAAUCAACAUCGCACAAGCCUGAGUGACGUGUCGAAAUAUAGACAGACAGAUAUCGAGUGAAAAUAAUGAAAUGGAUCUCCAGGAUCAGGGCUUCUGUACACACACACACACACACACACACACACACAAUGAGAGGAGUACCACGAUUUUCAGGCUUUGGAUGCGUGUGUUAAAGUGUGUAUGAUAACGUGACGCGCGUUAUUUCACGACGCAGGCGGCAAAAGUUUUGAGCCUCGACCUCGACGCGUCUCGCAUGCUAGAGUCCUUCGUUUUUAAAGUCACUUGCCCGGGUAAUGUUAACAUUUUCACUGCCUUGUUUACAGUGUGUGUGCGCACACGUGUGUGUGUGUGAGAAAUUCCUAUUCAACAUAAAACGAAGAUGGAGAAGAACGAGCCGGCUCGCGUGCCUCGAGGACGCCGCGAACGAGAACGCUAGGACACCAAACGGAUUCCCAUCGGCACCGUGUUUUCUCUCCGUCCCCUCGUACCGUUUGUUUUUUUUGUUUGUUUUUUUUUAAAAAGGGCUCGGUGUGUUUCUGGCUUCGGCAUGAGCUGUGUACAGACGUACAAGCAUGAGUACAUAUGUGCCUUCGCAGCAACACUACAGUUGGUAAAAUAAAGGAGUUAUUUUUCCAUCUAAUCCACCAGAGUGCCAGAAUAAUUUUACACACUUAAAAAAAAAAAAAAAACAAUUUAAAAAAAAUUAUUCCGGUAGUCUUCUUUAGUAUUAUAUUAUUUUUCUAUGUACACAUCUGUUUUUUAAUUAAUUAUUUGCAUGUUAGGUCUAUAUGAUAGCUUGCUAAUGUAUGUUUUAGUUUGUUUUAAAAAAAAAAAAAAAAUCUGGUUUGUCUUGAAAGGAAAAAAAAACAACUAACUAGAUUAUCCUGUUAUUCCUGAAUAUCCUGUACACCUGAAUAUUUGUACUUGCUUUCUCCCCAUCUUUUACGUAAAUAAAUGUGGAAAAACCUCG